ACUCAAUAUUGAUUCCAUAUUAUUCAACGCGUCAACAUGCCACCAAUUCGCAAUAAAAACGAAAAGAAUUUAGCAGAGCAAGAGGGGCGGAUCUUGUUAGCUAUUUCCGACUUAAAAAAUGGAAAAAUCUCAAGUGUGUAUCAAGCUGCAAUCAUUUACAAUAUUCCUCGGACGACGCUAUAUGACAGGUUAAACGGCAUUCAACAAAGAUCUAUAAUACGUGCCAACGGACAUAAAUUGUCUCAAUUUGAAGAGGAAUCACUUGUCAAAUGGGUACUCGAUCUAGACAAACGUGGAUUACCCCCUCGGCACUCUCUUGUACGAGAGAUGGCUAAUUACCUUCUUUCACAACGUGGAAAUCAACAGGUUGGAGAGAAAUGGGUCUAUAAUCUCAUUCAACGUCGCCCAGAGAUUGAAUCAAAAUUUUCACGGAAAUAUAACUACGAGCGUGCUAAAUGCGAAGAUCCGAAGUUAAUCCAAGAAUAUUUUGAUCGCGUACGAGAGGUUAUAUCAAAGUACGGAAUCUUACCAGAAGAUAUCUACAAUUUUGAUGAGACUGGCUUUGCUAUGGGACUCUGUGCAACCGCAAAGGUUAUUACUGGAAGCGAUCGAUAUGCUCGGCCAAAGCUAUUACAGCCUGGAAAUCGAGAAUGGGUGACUGCAAUUGAGGCAACUAAUUCAACUGGAUGGGCCCUGCCUUCAUACAUCAUUUUCAAGGCAAAGAAAUAUACUCGGUUAGGCUGGUUUGAGGAUCUUCCUGAUGACUGGAGAAUCAAUAUCAGUGAUAAUGGAUGGACUACAGAUAAGAUUGGAUUAGAAUGGCUUAAAACCCAUUUUAUUCCUCUUACUAAUGGCCGUGCAAUGGGAAAUUAUCGGAUGUUGAUUCUUGAUGGCCAUGGAAGCCAUUUGACUGCUGAAUUUGACCGUACAUGCACUGAGAAUAAUAUUAUUCCAGUCUGUAUGCCUCCUCAUUCUUCACAUCUUUUACAGCCUCUUGAUGUUGGCUGUUUUGCUGUUUUAAAGAGACAUUAUGGACAGCUUGUUGAGCAGCGAAUGAGGCUUGGAUUCAAUCAUAUUGAUAAACUUGACUUUCUUACUGCAUUCCCAAAGGCUCGUACGAUGGCAUAUAAAGCUCAAACUGUUCGGAAUAGCUUUACAGCAACUGGAUUAGUACCAUUCAAUCCAGAUCGAGUUUAUCAACAGCUCACUGUUCGAUUGAAGACUCCAACACCCCCUCCAAGUCGAUCAAGUGAUACACAAUCAUCCUGCUUGCAAACCCCUCAAAACGCACGUCAAUUUAAGCGCCAAAGGACUACAACGAAGAAGAGAAUAAGCCGGCAUACAAGAAGUUCAUCUGAGGCUAUUGGUGAAGUGUUUACACGGGCAUCAAAGGCUUAUGAGAUGAGUAUUAAUCAGCUUACAAUUGCCCAGAAGGAACUCCAUGAUCUACGGGCUGCACAUGAGAAGGAGAAGCAAAAACGUCAAAAAUCUAAAAAGCAAAUAUCCCAUGAUCAAGGAAUUACCAGAGAGGAAGCUCAGGCACUUGUACAAGGUCAGAUUGAGGCAUCUCAAGCUGUUACUACUGCUCCGGCCGAGCCUGAGCUCCCAGUCUCUCAUCCACCAGUACGUCGCCAAUUUCGAUGUAGAAUUGAGAUUUGA